AACCGACUCCUCACCAGCCAGACCAGUAACCAUGAAGGUGCGAUCAUCAGUAAAGAAGAUGUGUGAGUUUUGUAAGACAGUUAAGCGUCGUGGACGUUUAUAUGUAAUUUGCUCUUCUAAUCCUAAGCACAAGCAACGACAGGGAAUGUCAACAUUUGCAAAUGAAGGACCAAUCCCAUCCACGUUCAUGGAAAUCAAAAAAGUCCUUCCAUACAAAUUAUCGCUUGCUCAAUUUGUCUCAUGGCCAUUAAUUGAGGCUGACGUAGAAUCUGAUUCAAUGGUUAUUGAGUUCACAGACCUGUGUACCUAUCAUGAGGCUGAUGCCUGGAAUUGCACCAGUCACCAGCUUCCAGACAGGCUGGCUGCUCUGAUACCCAAAAGACAUGAACCAUCACUGAUAUAGGGAUGGAGGGCCAACCUUGCAUCUCUUCUCUUUAAACAGAAAAUAGCUCAAAUCAUGAAGUAGAAUUAUUAUGAAGUUUAUAAUAAAUUGAGAUUUUU